CGACACAGUUGACAUAUGACUUGACUUAUGACUUGUAAAAGCUUUAAUUCAUUAAUUUUCGUGUUUAAAAUUGUAAAAUAAAACGUAUAGAAAGUAGUAAUUAAAUAAAGUAAUUAAUUGUGAAUCAAUAUGGAAAACAAACCAGAAGAAGCAAUUACCCCUGAAAAAACAAUAUUCACCGCCAUAGCGCAAGGUGACCUGGUGGAAUUUAAGAAUAUCCUCGCCCAACAUAAAGGCAACGUCGAUUUUUUCGACGAAAAUGGUAUGACGGCACUCCAGCACGCCGCUUAUAAGGGUAGCAAGGAAAUGGUGCAACUAUUGCUUGACAGAGGUGCAGACGUGAAUUCUGGGAAACAUGAGUAUAAUUACACGGCUUUGCACUUCGGCGCGCUGUCUGGUAACUCAGAGGUAUGCAAGCUGCUCUUGGACGCUGGAGCCAAGUCGAUUGCGACCAACUCCGUCGGCCGCACUGCCUCCCAAAUGGCUGCGUUUGUCGGUAAUCACCACACAGUCGCAACCAUCAACAACUAUGUGCCAUUGAGUGAAAUUUCCUUUUACUCUGUCCCCCAAGGACAACAAACAGAACCUUACCUCCCACCUUUCUUAGUAGAACCAUUACACAAAUUCGUUCUCGGCGUAAACAUUCAUCCUGUCAGAUUAGCCCUUAACCUACAACAUACACCAGCUUUACUAGACCAUGCCGACAAAGUUAGUAAAGUACUUGAAAUGCUUUGUAAAAGAGAAAUGACUAGGGGUACUGACACAAAUGAAGUUAUGGCAUUCAAAUACCACUAUCUCGCUUAUGUUAUAAAAGAAAUAAACAAUAUAAGGGACAAACAGAAACCUAACUCUGAUAAAGAAGAUAAGAAACAUGACAUUGUUGAAAUGUUUGCUAAAAAGCUCUUGAAGCCAGGAAAAGAUGGAGUAUCUCUAGAUCUAAUGGACUCGUUCUUGAAGGAUUGUGUACGAGAAUUUCCAUACAGAGAAUGUACAACAUUUCACCAAAUGGUCUCUUCAUUGACUAGUAAAGACCCUCCGCCCGCCUUGUCAGUUAUAAACUGCACUAUUAAUGGCCAGAGAGGUUUUGUUGAUGCAAUCCCUUAUUGCAGCACAUGUGGGGAAGAGAAACCAGCUAAGAAAUGUUCCAAAUGCAAAAUGGUGCAGUAUUGUGACAGGGAGUGUCAGCGUUUACACUGGUUCGUUCACAAAAAGGCCUGCAAUAGAGAAUCUAGUGUUCCCAUUAGUACUUCUAAUUCUAAACCCACUGUUGAUGCUGCGGAGUUAACAUCGGAGUUACAGAAUCUUGUUGCUGGAUAGUCCAUUUCACUAAGAUUGCAAUAUUUGUUUAAAAUAGAUGUUAGUUAUUAAGGCAAUUUUCAGCCCGAUAAUAGUAAUAUUUUUUUGACAUAAUUGAUACAAUUACCAAACCAAUAAUAAUUUAUAUUCCAUGUGCAUUUACAACUUAUUUCUUAUGACAUACCUAUUUAAAUAUUAAUUAAUGAGAAUCAAUAUAUUAUGUUGUAAUAACUGAUUGUAUGCAUAUUGUGUUCUACACCAAUGUUAAUUAUUACCAUAUUUUUUCUGUCAGUGCUUUUAAAUGUGAAUUGGAUGUAUUUACUACUGUAGUAUUACUAUUAAUAUCUUGGUCCAUCAUCUAGGAAGAAAUUUUGAAAAGUUACUUGAUAAAUUGAAUUUCACUACCAACCAAUUUCACUGAUUAGACUUUUUCAUACUAGGAGUAGGAAUAUUAGGUUACAAAACUUCAGUUUUAUUACGUACAAACCACCUCAAAAUUUCUCCCUAGAUAGGAAUUUGAAGGUACUACAGACUCGCAGUCUAAUCUCCAUUUUGUAAGAAUAAGAAAUAAAUCCAUAUUAUUCUUGUUGUUGUAAGUGUUUAUUAAAUAAGUAGAACAAUAAU